AUGUGCGGGGACCAUCCGUCUUUCACGAAGACGGAACUCAACGUCAAAACAGAGAUGGUGGACGAGAAGGACAAGACGAAAGAUAAAUCUUUGUCCUAUACUAAAAUAAUGCCAACGACGUCUCGCACGGAGCGGUCGGAGCGCUUGGAGCGCGGCGACCGCGAGUCGUGCAGCUGGGCGCGCGGCGCGGCCGGGGCCGGGGCCGGGGCCGCGUCGGCCGGGUCGGACCAUGCGUUGCGGGCGGGAGACGCGCGGCGCCGCGGUCGCUCGCUCGAUCCCUUGCAGCGAACGGAUCUCAGUCUGCACGACGUCGGGAACCGCGCACUCGUACAAGCGGCGCUGGGCAGUUUCCGUUGGCCGCCGUACUUGGUGUGUGUGUGGGUGUUGGUGCUGGUCCUCACGCAUGUGUUGCACUGCCUCGUCAGCAUGCUGGACCGCGCGUUGCCUGCGCUCAGGAAAUGCAGCCAGUUACUCCGCGCGUGGACGGAGGAGAGCUGGCGCGGGCAGGGCGGGGGCGCGGAGUGGCGACGACAGCGCGUGUACCCGGCGGCGCUGGCGCUGGGCACGGCGCUGGUGUACGCGCUGUACGCGGCGCUGUACGCGGCGCACGCGGCCGUGCUGUGGGCCACGGAGCCGCUGGGCGCGGACGACGAGCGGCGCCGGGACGCCGACGCCGGGCUCGCCGCACUCACCGACUACGACGAGGACGCGCCCGGCGUCACACCCACAGGGAACACAUAA